AUGCCCAACUUCGCCGGUACCUGGAAGAUGCGCAGCAGCGAGAAUUUCGACGAGCUCCUCAAGGCGCUGGGUGUGAACGCCAUGCUGAGGAAGGUGGCAGUGGCGGCCGCGUCCAAGCCUCACGUGGAGAUCCGCCAGGAUGGGGAUCAGUUCUACAUCAAGACAUCCACCACCGUGCGCACCACGGAGAUCAACUUCAAGGUCGGAGAGGGCUUCGAGGAGGAGACAGUGGACGGACGCAAGUGCAGGAGUCUGCCCACUUGGGAGAAUGAGAACAAGAUUCACUGCACACAAACUCUUCUUGAGGGGGAUGGCCCCAAAACCUACUGGACCCGAGAGCUGGCCAACGACGAGCUGAUCCUGACGUUUGGCGCCGAUGAUGUGGUGUGCACAAGAAUUUAUGUCCGGGAGUAAAGGCUUGUUCCUGCUUUCAUGACAGGAUGCAAGUCCCCCUGAGGAGUGUGUCAUCAGCCUGCAC